AUGCGUUCCCAAAUUCAUCGAAAGAAAAUAUCUUAACUUUUCGUCGAUACAAUUUAAAUCUCUCCCAAAUACGAAUACACGCUAUUCGGCGCACGGCGUAUGAAUUCGUUUACGAACGUAAACCGGUGACUGUCACGUUGAACUGCUGACGUUGAAGAUUGCGAUCGAGAAAACAAUGCGCAUUGGUUAGAAAAUCGGUCUACAAACAACUGUAUCAAUUAGAUCGCUUUAAUUUAAUCGGAACGCCAAGAUUACCGACGACAGUGAGACACAACAAUGCAUACGUUCCUAACACGAGGAAAUGCUAUCUUAGCAUAUACGUUAAGUGUUUCGGCCUGCCUCACAUUUUGUUGUUUCCUCUCAACAGUAUUUAUCGAUUACAGAGCGAACGCAACGUUAAAUACAGUUAAAGUUGUCGUAAAGAAUGUACCAGAUUACAGUGCAUCGAGAGAGAAAAACGAUCUGGGUUACUUGACCUUUGACUUGCAAACUGAUCUCACUCCAUUGUUUAACUGGAAUGUUAAGCAAUUAUUCUUGUACCUCACUGCAGAGUAUCAGACAGAAAAUAAUGAAUUUAAUCAGGUAGUAUUAUGGGAUAAGAUAGUACUUCGUGGAGAUAAUGCUGUACUCGAUUUCAAAAAUAUGAAUACCAAGUAUUAUUUUUGGGAUGAUGGCAAAGGCCUCAGAGGAAAUAAGAAUGUAACAUUAACAUUAUCCUGGAAUAUUAUUCCAAAUGCUGGAUUGUUACCUAGUGUUAAUGCUCUUGGUUCUCAUACUUUUGCAUUCCCGUCUGAAUACACAACGUUGCGUGUAUAACACAUUUUUUCAAAUGUGUAUGUGUUAUGAUUGUAUAUCACGUAUGAUUUUAUAAGACUUAUUUAAGCUGCAUAAAUUCAUGUACAAUAAACGUUUAUUUCUUCAC